UUCCUUGCUUGUGGGUGUAACUGUCCUGAUAAAGAGUUGAAGGACUGUGUUAACAGGCCAUCUCAAUCUUGAAUCUGAGUUUCAGGUGACUGUGAGGAAUUCUGAAGUAUGACACAAUGAUAGUAAAGAAGGUGUGAGUUUAUCUUGGAUUUACUUUCCUGGUAGACCCUGAAUGGGAAUAUUCAGCAGCCUGUGAUGGACUACUAACAACAUUAAGCUUCCUCUCAUCCGCAGCGACAACAAACUUAACACACGAAAAUAAUUUUGUAUCCUGAGGAGUCACCUUUGGUUGGGGGGAGGGGGGCUCUUCCACAAUGAAGGAUCGCUUGGCAGAGCUACAGCAGAGGGCUCAAGACUUGUCUGAGGCAGCGAGUGAGAAUGUCACCCCUUUCUCAGUGGUGGCUGAGAAUGAUGACUCUACAGUGGGGGUCAUAACACCACAGGCUGUCUUGUUUGAGGAGGAGCCAGUCAUUGAGAAUUUCCUGUCUGAGGCUCAGCAAAUCCGAGAUGAUAUCACAGUGCUGGAGACAGAGGUCCUUAAAUUCAGCCAGCAGCAAAAGACCCUGGUGGCAACAAUGCGUCGUUUCAGCGUGAUGAAAAAAGAGAGCAGUAUAACUCGGGACAUCAAGCUUCAGGCUGAAAGCCUCCACCGACGCUUAGAUACCCUUUCAAAACAGGUCCAAAGGACUGAGGCCCAGCAGGGACCUAUUGCUGUUACAACAAGAAUACAACGUUCCCAGCAUGCAGCACUGUACCGCAGAUUCCAGCAGGUAAUGCUGCAGUAUAAUGAAGGUCUGCUGACCAAGCAGGAGCGCUGUAAGCACUUCAUUAUCCGGCAGCUGGAGGUAUCAGGAAGGGAUGUGACGGAGGAGGAGGUGGAUGAGAUGGUGGCCACAGGAAAAUGGGAGGUCUUCAAUGAGAACCUGCUGAACGAUGCCAGAAUCACUCGGUCCCAACUAUCUGAGAUUGAGCAGCGACACAGGGAGUUGUUGAGCCUGGAGAACAAUAUGAAGGAGCUAAGGGACCUGUUCAUGGACAUUUUCAUGCUGGUGGAGGAACAAGGGGCCUAUAUCGAACACAUCCAAACCAAUGUGGAGAAGACACAGGAUUACGUGGAUGCAACUAAUGAGAAGUUCAAGUUGGCCGCCAGGUACAAGAAGAAGAACCCACUUCGACAGCUGUGCUGCUGCUGCUGCCCUCCCUGGAGAUGCUGCUUAUAAAACACGUGUUUUUUUUAACUACUCUGGCCAUUACAAUUAAUAUUUCAGAUGUCUCGCUUACCUUUUGGGAGUAAGCAACGCGUUUGAUUCAGGUGCCAUUAAUGUGAAGGUUAUGGUACUGCAGUUGUUGCUGUUGAACAGAGUGACACUGAAGACAGAUUCAGCAGAGCAUGGAAAACAAUUAAGGGGAAAGGCCAGAAUCGGUAUUUGAAGCACUUGUUUCUUUCAAGAGGAUGUGAUGCGCUUGCUAUUGGAAGAGACAGUUCAGUGAGUGCUACUCACCAACACUGCUGCUUAUUGGAGACCUUCACUGUCAUCUGACAGAGGUCAUGAACAAGGCGAGACCACUGCCACUGCCAGAUCAGCAAGAUAUUUCACCUUUUUUUUCCCCAAAAGAGCCUUUCAUCUUUUUUCUGCUUCAGGAGCAACUAGCUAAUGGUCAUUUAUUUUUUUUUUUAUAUACAAUAUGUGCACUUUAAGACUUAUCUAUUGUGUUUCUACUCUGUUCUCUGCAGAAACUAGAACUUAACAUGAUGUAUUAAGAGUUGCUAAGAGAUUUUGAGCCAUUAUGUAUUCAUUUCAUUUUCAGUCCACGUGCUGAUGAAAAAAAAUGAACUUGUUUCACAGUCAGUCAUUAGUCUCAUUUGCAUUUCAAAGUAUCCUUUUAAAUGGAAAAAAAAAAACCCCAACGAUAUUCCUUUUUUCCUUACACGGAGGCAGGGAUUGAAGAAAACGAGUCUUGAUCAAAAAUAUUUUUGCCAUGGUGACAAAACUACAGAAAAUAGAGAUGACAGAAAAUGUCAUCUGUUUAAAUAUAAGAUGGUAGAUUUAAUUCCUAGAGACUGGUUUUGUAUUUUAGAGUGGAAAUUGGGUGUAUGAUGACACUUCAGGUUUAAAUGACUGGUAUCCAUACUCAAUACUACAAUCAUUAUCAUUAAAUUUUGUCGCAUAAAAUUGAAGCAGCAUCUCGAAAAUGUGUGAUAAGGUCUCGUCCAUGAAGGAGUACCAGCAGUAUGAGCUAAAAUUCAACAGAUUGACAGACUCAUUUGCUGUCAGGUAAUCAUUACUGUUUCACUUUAAACUACACGUUGAGUUGAAAAUACCAGCUUAUUUUCUCUGCUGGGAUAAUUAAUUAGUAAUUCAUUUCGGGAGCUACACUCACUUCAUACUUGAUCUCACGUACUGGCAGAAUGGCUCUAAUUUAGCCUCUCAUCAGCUGUGACAGUGAUGUUCUUUACCGACUCAGUGAUCCAUGGUGUCGGGUAUCCGGGACAAAAUACAGGUGGACUGGGUGUUCCAGAGCCAGACUGGAAAAUCUGGUUUGCCUGCUGUUCCAAGGUAGCUUACAGACAGCUACUGCAUAUUCCUGCAGGGAACAGUGUGUCAACAGAACCGUUAACUUGUAGCAGAUGGUAAGAAGCCUCACUUUGGUUAGCUAGUAUUCUUUCUCAAUAAAAUGACAGGCUUUUUAACUUUAGCUUGAGUAAAGUUUAAAAAAGCUGAAAUUAUUGACAGGAGUGUCAAAAACAUCCUUCAGUCAAUUUCAUCAACCUCUGCAGGAAACAACAUCUCAGUGACACGACAAGAAAGAGUCCUCUCAAUGGAGCGCUUCAUUUAGGUUAACUAUUAUUUACCCUGCUCCCUCAGGUCUUGCAGAAGAACCAGGUGUGAUGCUUGUGCACUGAGGUGCUUCUGUUCGACUGUCUGGCUGGAAAAGUCAUUCCUUAAAUCUGAUCUUCAGUGUUGCAUAUCAGUCUCACCCUGAUUAGAAGAAGAUUUUAAAAGAAGGGCGUAAAAAUAUCAUAUAUGCAAAUCAAAUAAUAAUAAUAUAUUUUAAUUCGGUGCAGCACACUUUCUAAACCCCCCCCCCCCAACCCAAACAUGAGGAAGAAAAAUGAAAUACUGCCACAAAUUGCAGGGUUCUUGAACAGCAACAAUGCCAUCCAGUGUUCACUGUGAUAAUUGCCAGUUAAAAAAUAAAUUACCACUUAUAUAGGGCUAUAGGGCUUAUUUCAAUUUAGGUAACAAUGCAGAUGUACUAUUCACAAAACAGGAGGAAAUUCACUCUCAGAAGUUCUUAGAAUAAAUAUAUGGAUAUCUUUGUGGUGCUGUCAGUCAUUACAAACAGCUGAUGAAGGUCAUUAGUCAAAACAACAGAACAUUACUUGCCUCGAUUGCUUGGCAAAAUAGACGACUCUCAGACAACAAACGUGACUCUCUCCAAACCCUUCUGAAUUAUCUGACAGGCUGCUGUUGCUUUUUUCAUUUUAAACAUGUGUUUUGUGAAUGUCUUGUUAUCUCAAGGAGAAAAUGAUUAGACAAGCCAAACUAUUUUCGCUCUAUCAUCUCAAAGAAGCGAAUGAAUCACAGGAGGAGCUGUCAUAAUACAGAAACAUGCAGCAUAUCCACAGUCACCAUCGCAGAGAAAAGUAGGAAUAAAUUGAUUGGAAAUUAAGUGGAAUUUCUACAAACAUGAUAACAGCAGAGCAGGAGGGAAGGAGAAGUGCCUGCAGACCUGAGAGAAAGCUUCUGGGGCUGAUAGCAGCCGUCCUUGAGAACAGCAGGCCACGAGAGACUGCACAGUGGUCAGUUCAGGAACCUCUGGACGGCUGACCCCCAGGCAGGUCAGCCAGAGUCACCAGCAUUUUGUCCCCCCUGUGAGGCAGGGGAAGUAAGUGAGCUGCUCUUUUCCCAGAAUCACACUGCUUCACAUUCACACAGCCUGGGAGCUGCUCUGUGCAACAGCAGUUUUCUAAUGCUGAUAUGCUCCAUUGUGGAUUUGUCUUUGUUUACCACCAGCUCUGACCUUCUUAUCCAGUAUUCCUUCUGAAAUCCCCUGGUCAGGAACAGUCAGGACUUUGUUGUUGUUCCCCACCGAAUUAAAUUUAAUAUGUGUUUUGUCUACAUGCACUAUUGUGCGCAUGAAGAGCAUCUGUUUCAACAUGUGAUCGCCUGAAGGCAAGUAAAGAUCCCUGCCACUACUUCUGUCAUCAUGAAAUUGUAUUUUGCUGUUCAUUACUCAUCACUGUGUGGCUGUGUGGGCUAACAAACUCAAAAGACGUAAAUGGUUAUGAUUUAGUCUUAGAUCAUUAAAGCGAUUCCUGGCAAAUUCCUAUUUUCAAAUGCCUAAAUAUAAUAUAACAACAGAAUCGUGAUGCAGGUUAGGUAAAGAAAUAUUAUUGUAAUGCAUGGUUGAAAUAUGUCUUUUUAUCUGUGACCACAUAUUCAUCCUGAGUGCCUCUGGCCACUUUCCAAAUGAAGCCCUCAAUCACUUCUGAUUUAAUGAUAAUGUGAACAUCUGAGACACAUAAGAGUUUAUGAUGCUGAUCAUGGCUGACAGAGAUACAGUGACAUCUCUAUGUGACUGCGUUCUGUAGGAGUUUCUUCUAUCUGCCCUGUCAGUCACAACAUGGAUCCAAAAGACUCUAUGAACAACAUCAAAGCAGCCCUCCUGUGAGUAACACCAGCUGUGGUUAGAGAGAGCUGCCAUUAUUUUACUGCCUGGUUUUAUCACUCCCAUCAAAAUCUGAACAGAGAGACAUCAGGACCUUCAGAAAGUGAUAAAUCAAAGAAACUGUACAGCAAGUCUCGCAGCAGUAGUAGCAGUUCAAGUACCAACAAUCAUACAAUGCACUGAUAUAGUCUUCAAUCUGCUCAAUGUAAAAUAUUAUUUCAAAGUUGUAAGACUGCAAGAUUUUUCCUGUUGAAUUAUUUUCUGGUUAGAAAUUGUUCAAGUAAUCAAUAAUCCAUACAUAUGUUCAACUGGGAGUUGGGUGAUGUGCAGUGCUAGAGUUUACCUUUGGUUCUUAUAGAUGAUGUUUGAUUUGACUGAAAAUGGCCAAGAGACUAACUGUCUUUCUACACAUGAAUCUAAGCCACUGAUCUUGAAGACCAGCAUAGCCACAGUGCAUGUAAAACUCUUUUCUGAUAAUAUAGAAGUAAGUAGGAUCAAACUGUGGAAAUCAAUAAAGAAACUAGCCAUCUGGGA